AUGGCGGAACACUUUGCGCGCAACUUUAGCCUCAUGACUAUGAAGCCGGAUGGCGAGUUCGCAAGAUCGUCCAACCCCAACUACAAUAACUUCAACUCGAACCUUCGUACCAAUGCUCUGCUGGUAUCCAUUGACUUUAUGGACAUAAAGCUCGAUACUGGCAUCAUUGAUUCAGCCCCCAACAUCAAUUUGAUCGACUUGGAUGCUCAGAUCAAGGCCCCAUGUGGUUUCUUUAUCGACCCUGAAGACCGAUGGGAUGCCCCUCGUCCUGUACUUCCAUCAUAUGUCGACCUCAUCGACCUCUGGCCGGAAAAUGCAGUUUUCAAUUCGAACCACAACUCCUCUGCUCAGGCUGAGAGCGCCAAUGCCACCGGCAUGAGCCCAACCGACCUUAUCGAUUUGUGGUCGGACGCCGAGUCCAGUGCCCUCCGUCAGAAACAAGCUAUCAUUGGUAUGAGACCAACGAUUGAUCUUGUUGAUCUGUGGUCCGAUACCCAGAUUAUUCCAGUGAACAUGGAGCUUGUCGACUUCACUUUGCGCACUGAAGUCAUGCGCCAUACCGAUUCUGACUCGUCUGGAUGGCAUACUACCACAGAAAUUAACGACACAUUUGACAUGGACCCUGAGGAUGUGGAGUACCUGGAUUGGUUUGGAUAUGUUUGCCCACGCUAUUCUUUCUCCGAUCUUACUGAGACGAGCGAUCUUACUGAGACGAGCUUGGAUGAAGUCCUGGCUGUUGACUCUUGCUUCCUGCAUACCUUGCAUGCCACCAAGUGGACCUCCCAGUCGGGAGCCACAACUGCGAUUUCCCUCGUCUCCGGGACUGAGAGCUCUUGGUCCCCUUCCUUUGCCACCGAGCUGAUUGCCAGACUCGAGGCUCUCAUCGAGGAUGCCCACAGCGAGCUGUUUUGA